UCAGGUCGGAGCAGCACUGUAGUUUCUGAUUUUCAUCUGCGCGCAAGUCUCCUGUGGGCUUCUCGAGGAAAUAAAGCCGUUUGCCUAAAACAGAACACUGCAUGAGGGACCUUUAGGACAAUGAUGGCGGCCUGGCUAACAGUGGCCUGGGUCCUGCUAAUGACCAACAUUGCUGAUUGGCUGAAAACUGUCCAGUCACGGGACUUCACCAUGACAGACAUCAUCCUGCUGCAUCCCUCAACUACACCUCAUCCUGGUGGCUUUAAGUGCUUCACGUGUGAGGACGCUGCAGAUAACUAUGAGUGUAAUCGCUGGGCACCGGAUGUUUACUGUCCAAAAGAUGCCAGAUACUGUCACACACUCCACAUGAUGGAUAACCGUGGCAACAGUGUGUCUGUGACAAAGCGCUGUGUGACACUGGAGGACUGUCUGUUUAUCGGCUGUGCUGAUGUCACCGACAAUGGCUAUCAGAUGUGCUCGUCCUGCUGUGAGGGGAACAUCUGUAACAUGUUGGCGCCAAGGAACGCGAGCAACGCCAUCUUCUCCUCGACUUCUCCCCUGGUCAGCUCGAGCAGAGGGUUCCUCCCUGCAAAGCUGAGCUACGUCAUCAUCGGCCUCUUUACAGCUAGACACGUUGGAUAGAGAAACUGCAUUUGUACAUAUCAGACCCAACUUUAUGAAGGACACUUUUUUUGUGAAACUGAAAUAUUUGCCAAAAGUGAAGAACAAUAAUAAAUAUAUUUCCUAACCCUCUGUGAUAUAUUUUGAGAAUCUUAAAGUACUGCCUAAAGUAUGAGACACCUUUUUAUUCUACUUCUUAUUCUCUCUGUUUCCUUUUUUACUUUUUCUAUGUAUAUGUCUACUUUUUUUAAGGGAAGGACAUGAGAAAAAAGAA